AUGGUAUUGACACAGCAGAGAAGAACAACUCCCUCCAACGACAAAUUUCCCACCACUCAACUUUUUCUUUUAGCGAUAUGUCGCAUCGCCGAGCCCAUCGCCCUCACAUCCAUCUUCCCGUAUUCAUGGGUCAUGGUUAGAGACUUCGACGUGGCCGAUGAGAACAAUGCAUCAUUUUAUGCCGGCAUUCUUGUAUCUACCUUCUCACUAUGUGAAGCUCUUACGGGCAUGUUCUGGGGAAGCCUUUCGGACCGGGUUGGCCGCAAGCCCGUUCUCAUUUCUGGUUGUUUCGGUACCAUGGCAUCCCUUCUCAUGGUUGGAUUUGCAACCAAUUUCUGGGUUGCUUUAUUUGGUCGAGCUCUAGGCGGCAUACUCAACGGUAAUAUUGGAGUCAUCCAGACUAUGGUCGGCGAGUUGGUCACGAAUCCUGAACACGAACCGCGAGCCUAUGCUAUAAUGCCAUUCUUCUGGUCGAUUGGAACUAUAAUCGGUCCAGCUAUCGGAGGAUUACUUGCGAAGCCUGCCGAAGGUUAUCCUUACCUUUUCUCUCAGAUCGGUCUUUUUGGCAAGUUUCCUUUCCUGUUGCCCAACCUUGUCUGCUCUGCUCUACUUUUGUGCAGCAUCAUCUUCAGUUGGUUCCUUCUGAAAGAGACCCACCCCGAUAUGCAUGUUCGAAGUGGUGCAGACAAUAUCGAUAGCACGUCUGUCAUACAUCCUCUCCUGGCAACCUCAGGGUCAAGCACAACUGCGGGUGCUGAUCUCCGAGCCGAAUCUUAUGGAACAUUCAACCAUGUGCACCUCCAUGACGAUCAGGAUUGGCAUGUGCGCUCUGAUGGCUCUCUGUAUAUUAGUUCUCAACGAAAGGUGGUUUUCACCUGGCGAGUGAUCAUGCUUGUUGUCGCCUUGGCAAUUUUCACCUACCACUCGAUGACAUACGACCAUCUGCUACCUAUCUUCCUGCAAGAUAAGAGUGCUGUUGAUGUCAAUACAGUGGCUACCUCAUUUCUUCGGUUUCCCGGUGGCGUCGGACUUUCGACUCAAUCAGUUGGCUUGAUCAUGUCAUGCGACGGCCUUAUUGCCUUGUUCAUUCAAAGCCUUGUAUUCCCAGCUCUAGCUCAUUGUUUGGGGGUGUGGCGAUUAUUCAUCUUUGUCACCAUCAUGCAUCCUCUUGCUUAUUUCAUGGUUCCCUUUUUGCUCUAUGUUCCUCGCCAUUUCAUUUUCACGGGCAUUUUUUCGUGUUUGAUUGUGCGAAACGUUCUAUCGAUCAUCGAUUAUCCUGUCCUUCUGAUCCUCAUCAAGCAAGCUAGUCCUUCAGAUUCAGUCUUGGGCAAGAUCAACGGGCUUGCGGCCUCUGCGGGUGCUCUUUCGCGCACCAUGGCUCCGCCAAUUGCCGGAUUUCUUUACAGCACCGGGAUCAAGAUGGAGUGCACGGCCCUUGCAUGGUGGGGAAGUACUCUCGUUGCCAUUAUUGGGGCUGUGCAGCUGUCUCUUAUCCGACAAAAGAAGCACGGCUCUGUCGUAGUGCAGCCUGCGGCCCAUUGUCGUUACGCACCAGAUGCAAACUCGUGGAAACAGGAAUCGGUUCAUAUUAUUGUGACUGAAGCUGAAGACAGCAUUGACCAUGAGACUCAGAGAAACCCGGCAUGA